GUUAGUUUUUAUGUGUGGUUCAACACAAUCAAAACGUGUGUACAGAUUUAGUUUAAUAUAUGAGUAUUAGUAUAAAAAUAAUCUUUACACAUAAAUACAAUUAAACAAUAACUUAGUUUGUGGUUAAGUAUGAUAAAUACAUAUUCAAAAAAGAAGAAAUGAAAGAAAUGUGCGUUAGCAAACAUUUACCAAGAAAUGUUUUGUGAUUUUAAAAGUCAGUGUAUCACCAACAAUUAACUAUGCCGCAAUCAAACAACAAUGACAACAUCACUCCCCAUCACUGUAGUGUUAGCAGAAAUGACCGAAUUAAGAAAUCCAAAAAACAUAAAAGUUAUAAAUGCCUCGAAACACUUCCAAAUACGUACAUGAAAUGUCACAUAAGUCAGAAAGAAACAAGUACGCCAUCAGUCAAAGCAAAGAAGCCGAAGAAAACCAGAAAAACUGACUUAGAAGAAAAUUCUCAAUUGAUUGGUCUUCUAGAUAAAGUCGUCUAUGAAUGGUUUCAACGGGCGCAGAGACUUAUUGAAACUGGAACAAUUACCAAUGAAAUGUUUCUUCAAAAAGCCCAUGAAUUCAAACAGAUCUUUGGAAUUCCAUAUCUUCUAACCGACUAUGCAUGGGUUUGGAAUUUUCGAAAAAAGUACAAUAUAACAAAUUUGGAUAUGACAAUGUUGAGAAUUGACAAUGAUAAUAGAGCCUUGCUUUCGGUCGAUAUGAAUGACAUUAUUAUGGAUGUUUUGAAAAGCAAUUCAAUACCCCAGUACUAUACAUCAUAUACUUCAAGUCUUCAAAGCUGUGAUACGUCAGAAGGUGAUCAUCCAUCAACCACAUACACAAUCUCAGAUCCAACUCAAAACUUAAUUUUUGGUAAUAAUGAUAAAAAUAUCAAUGAAACAAUUUUACCAGACAGUUUGGACGAAACAGUAGGAAAAUUGGACCCGCCACCAUUUCCAGUCAUUAUAACAGAUGACGAACAAGCUAGACGUUAUCUGAAGCCUCUUGAGGAUUAUGUUCUGCUGAAGGAGAAUUUUCGUGCUAUCGGACUUAUUUCUCAAUUAGAAGACAUUUUUCAACAAAAUCAAAGUCAAAAUAAAGUAGAAUAGAUUUAUUUAUACUUAUAAGAAUUAAAUUUACUGUAGAUUAAAUUAUUUAAUAAAAAAAUAGUUUUUAAAAA